AUGAAUAUGGACUUUGAUUACCAAACUUUUAGUAAAAGUUCAAGAAAAGAAUUUAAGAAAGCUGUGAAGACAAUUCUAAAUUUACAAGAAUAUGACGGUGAUUUGAUGAGAAACUUCCUAGCCCUUCAUAUUCCAUACCAUGUCCUAUUCUAUGAUCUUGCCAUUAUGAAAAAGAGAUCUCCUUUAAGGAUUCAAACCAAUCACCUUCUGAAAGAAGCUUUAAGCAAAAUUUUAAACUUCAAUCUUUCAAUGGGCCCAAAACACAUCAUCAAAAUAUUGAAGAAAGAGAAAGUCGACCCGGAGACAACAAGGAAACUAGAACUGGUGCUAUAUAUAAAGUUAUUUCAGGGAGUAUUUGCCCAUAUAGAUAAAAAUUACAACCUCGCAUUUCAAUCGUUUCGUUGGUGUUUACAAUUCAUUGCAUACUCUAAAAAAGCAAGAUUGUUUGCAAGUAUUGCGGACGAAAAAAUUCGAAAUUUUUUUGAACUCUGCGAAUUAUUUGUAUCCUUGCUGUGCUGCCAUUGUUUCCUCGUUGAUUUGAAAGAAAAUGAAACAUUAGUGGGUAAUAAUUUAAGCAACUUUAUCAAAAGGCAAAAUACAAAUUAUUCUCACGAUUUCGAAUUAAAUGAGGAGAAAAGAUCACUACAAUGGCAUUGGUCACUGGACGAGAUCGAUGUUAUCGAGGCGUUAUACUGCGCUGCUUUUGACGCGAUGGAUAGGUUUUCGCUCAAAUUAUCAAAGAUCAAUGAGAACUUUGUUUUGAGCCAUUUUUUUCAAUGUUGUGCAGAAAUUGAAGAAAUGUUAGCCAUUUUGAGAAGCAAAAUCUGGGAGUGUGAAUGUGAUGCGUUUGGUCCUAGAAUUGGGCUACUGGUAAACAGUGACCAUAUUAACGAAGCAAUUCAGAAAAAUAUACUGUCAAUAACCCUCAAACUUAAGAAUGAUCCUCAAAUAAUAUGCUGCUUGAAUAAAAUUCUAGAAAGCCUAUUACUUUCGCCAGGGGUUCAGUUUAAAGUCAUCCAAUUUUUUUAUGUAGUAAAGCUAUACUAUAUGCAAGAUGAUGAAUUCUCAUCUGAAACACCAUCUGAAACGGAUAAUUUGACCAUAGAAUGUUUGUCUGUUGUUGAAAAUCUUAUUGAUGCUUGUGAGAGCCCUGAUGAAGUGAGUAAAUUUCGAUUGCCCAGGAUGCUCUUGACCACUAUACAGGGGAAGUUACUCGUUGCUGAAAAAGUAUCUGAAGAUAAUGACAGUUCAGAAUCUCUCGAUAAUUACCAUCCGCACAUUUAUCAAUUUAAACAUCCGAGAAUAAUAAUAGAUAAAAUGAAAUCAAAACUUAAGGAAAAGCUGCACCUGGAUUCAUCUAAAGAUUUAGAAACUGAUGAUUAUUGGAUUGAGUUUUGGAAAUAUUGCUACGAGGAUAACAUAGGAAAUUUGCCAGAUAUUCUAUUAUGUAUAUAUGAGGCCUUUAUCGAUCCACUCUCUUAA